AGUCGAGCCGAAGAUGGCGACGUGCGAGUGGUGGUGUCGGUGCGGUGUUUAAGAGAAAGGACCAUGUUGUUACCGCAGUGUUCGCAGUGUUUCCGUGAUCCACGUUGAGUUCGGUGCAAAUGUAGGAAUGUCAGAAGCUAAACGGGUACCUUUGCAGACCUUGGAGUUUCCGGAGUCCUUGGGCUACGUUACGAAGAAAGAGAAAAAGGGGGAAAAGGGCAAACAGCUCGCGCCCUCCUUCCGUUUCACACUCACCCUGCCAGAGUCGAACGAGAAGGCAUGUCCUGAGUUCAACUAUGCACAGCUCCUCAAAGCAGCCGAGAAAAAACAUAGGAAGGAACUAAAGCGAGGUGAAGAAAAUGCAACUAACGGAUUGUCAUUCGACGACGAUGACGACGAUGAUAAACUUCGAGAUAUGGCAAGACGAUUCGAAGCAAAAUACGGAACGUCUACUACGGGAAGGAAAAGGCAUAAAUACGACGAUUACGUGGAUUUGGGAGCUGGAUACGAUGAGAAUGAUUCUUUCAUCGAUAAUACAGAUGCUUACGAUGAACUUGUACCGGAAGAGGUGACUACAGCACACGGCGGUUUUUAUAUUAACUGUGGAGCGCUUGAAUUUAGGACAGCCGAUCGUCAUGUAUUGGUUCACAAUAAUAAUAACAACAAUAACAACAACAAUAACAAUAGUAACGACGACGAAAGUAGCGAAAGUAGCGAAGACGAUACAGAGGAUGUGGACAGCCCUAAAAGAACAGAAAAAAGAGUUCAUAGCACAACGGAUGAAGACGAAACCGAGGAUAUUACCGGUGAUCAACCAAGAAAAAAAGUAAAAGUAGAUGAAAAUGGAGUAAACAAACCGCCUGAAAAUAUUAUCAAAAAGAAAAAAAAACAGCAAAAUUUACAAGAUCAACAAAAUUCUCAACAAGAUGGAGAUACCUUGAACAGACAGAAAGAGAAGGGAGAAACUACGGAUGCCGAAGUUUCAGAGGAUCAAGAAGACAAGAAAAAAUCUGAUAAAACGGAUACACAAAAAAAUAAAAGUACAUCGGAUAAAAAGUUUGAUAUAAAAAAGUUUGAAAAGAAGACAGCCAACAGUAAUGGUUUUGGUAGAAAGAAAUUAGAGGUAAAAAAGUCUAUAUUGCACAUCGACGAUGCAAUAGAAAGUGUAGUUAAUGCUGCGAGGGUUGAAGAUGAAUCGAGUAGAGACACUACAGAUUCUGGCAAAUCCAGAUGUAUAGGUACAGAAUCUGAAUGUGACGAUAUUGAGAAAGAAGGAGCACCUUUGCCUGAUUCGCUUCCAGAAAAUGUUGUAGAAAUAGUUAACGAAUUGAAAGCACAUGCCGAAAAUAGUAAAGAAGGAAAGACUAAAUUUUUCGACACAGCGGUUAAUGGAUUAUUGUUUAGUUUAGAGAAAAGAUUGAGGAUGCUUUCUUCCCCAAGUCUGAGGUCAGAAACAUACGGUCAUUUAGCACGAUUCUUACCAUCUAGUAAAAUGGCUCUUCAGAAUAGAGCAAAGAAAUUAUAUGUACAGGAUCUUGACUAUAAUAUCAGGGAUCUUAUACAAAGGUUAAAAGAAGUUAUCAAUAAAAUAAUGCCAUCUGUGAUGUGCAAGUAUCUUGAUGAAUGUCAAAAGGUCGCUGACGGAAAUCCUCAUUUAUACUGGGAUAUAUACCGGUACUGUUGGGAAAUGGAAGGGUCGCCAGUCGAUGCUGAAAGUUCCGAUGAUGAAGACAAUAGCGAGAAUUCAGAUAAGGCAAAAAUACAUAAAAAACGAUUCCCUUGGACCGAGGAAGCAAAAAAACUUGUUUACGAAAUUGCAAAUGCCAGGAGACAAUGUUACAAUGUCUUAAGACCAAGAAAAAUGAGUAUGGACACUUUCAUUGGAUCGUUUUUAAUUCGACAAGUAUUACCGUUAUGGCCGAAUGGAUACAUGACGGCAGAAACUUUGUUCGAAUACGUCAACGAUUGCGAACCUGCAACGAAGAAGAAAUCGAAGAAAUUGAAAGAACUCGGGAAUGGCAAUACCACUGGUUCUUCUGGAAACGCAGUAUACAAUUCAGCUGCAAAGAUCGACACAUCAAACAUAAGCAGCACCUCUUUUCAAGAAAGAGAUAAAGCUUCGACGAAUGUAUCCAAAGUUCAAAAUAUUACGGAAAACUCGACAAAUUAUAUAAAACAAGGAACAACAAAAUCAAAUGAUAGUACCGAGAAAAAGCAACACAGCAUAAAACAGAAAGAUAAGAAUAAAGAAAUUUGUAACUCGGUGCAACAAUAUGAAAAUUCGGCAGUCGCAACUAGUAAUUCUACUGUAGGUAAAAUUUCUGUUGUUCCUACAUCUCAAUUGAUGGCGCAAAAGCCAGCUAAAUGUCACGUGGAAAAGAUUAAUUUGAUGGAGUUGGCUAAUAGUUCUCUUUCUAUUACUCCAGUUAAUGAGUUCCACAAGUCGUCUACAAAAGUGAGUGAAACUAAGAAAGAUGUAGUUUCUAUUACGGCUUAUUCUGAAACUUCGAAUGUUCUUCCAAAUAUAAAUGAAGUGCCUCAAAGUGGACAUCAUUCCGUACAUAGACAAGAAGCUUUAUAUUCGUGUACGCAAUCUCAACAUUCUAACUAUUCUACACAAAAUCAAACAUCGCAACAUUCAAAACCUGUAUCUCUAAAGCAUAGGUUACUACAUGAAAAUUCCGAAAACAGAAAUGAUAAAAAGGUAGAGGACAAAGAUGUCGAGAUGACUAAUAAGACUGAAAAAAGGGAUAAAAAGCGGGAACGGUGCGUGGAAGUUAAGCACAAAUCACACGAUGCUAAGAAAAGAAAGAAGGAUCAAAAAGUAUCGGAGAAGCAAGUUGUGCAUAGUAAUUCAGAUGUAGUGCCUAUGCAGCAGCAGCAGCAACAGCAACAGCAACAACAACAACAACAACAACAGCAACAACAACUAUCGCUUACAAAAGAGGAACAGGAGCAAAGACAAAAUGAAGAGACAAUUGCUGCAACUAAUUAUUUGAGUCAAAUCAUUAACAAUGAUGUAAUUCCGAGGGUUAUAACAGAUAAACGGAAAGAUGUUGGAAUGAUUUUGGAUGAAGCUGUAAGUAACGUAGUGCAACCAACGGAACAAGAGCAAGACGUUCAAAUGGUAAUGAGGUCGCUAAAAGAAUUACAAGAAUUACAAGAAAUGAAGUACUCACCGACUAAUUCACCAGUUAGUACUAAUAUGCAGAAAUCUAACAAGUCAAAUGCGCAGUGUACGACUUAUCAAGACGAAUAUUCACGUUUAUAUCAUAAAAAGGAUGUUAAACUGAAAUCUAAAGAGGAAUCACAAUGGUAAUAAUAUUAUCUCUGUCGAGUUAUGUGCACUAUAGGCGUAAAUUAUGUAUCGAGCAUAAAGAGAGGAAAAACCAGUGAACGGAUAAUAAUUUCAUAGAGAACUAUAGGCGGACAUUUCAGUAAAUCUAUAUUAUUUUUCAUGGAAACGGAUAAGCGUGGAGUACUGAUCAGAAUUUCUUCCAAUACUAAAAGCCGCGUCAUCGUUGACGACCAAAACUAUAGGCAGCUAAUAAAUAGCGUGCCGCGUUAGUAUUGUAUCGCAUCAAUUUUUAAGUAUUUUAACAAAUCGCCAAAUUAUGUAAAUAUAAUAAUUCAUUUGUAGUUAUUUGAAAACGCGCGUGUACAGAGUAAGUAUAAAUUAUGGAGGUAUGUUAAUCGUAUAGACACUUGUAAAUAAGUUAGCGUCCAUUCAUCGCCGAGAAUGGGGUGGUCUACGAAGAUCCAUUUUUUAUUUAACGGCGUAUCGCUGCUUGAUAAUUUGCAUACAAGUCUACCAGCAAUUAAAAAUGAUUACUGGUAAACGGAUCGAAGAAUGCAAUUGCGAAGUGCUUCUUUUAUUUUAACAUACUGCCACGGUAUGGGAGGGGCCGAGCUAUCGCUGUUAGUAAACAUUUACUUUUUCAAUGGAUUCCAAUAGAAUCCCUGGCCACCCUGAAUUACCGAGCGAGAAAGAACGUUUGUAACGGUGUUCCCUUUGCACAAGAAUAGUAUGUAAUUAUGAUUUUACGACGUAAUGCAGAGAAAGGAUGUUAUCUAUAUUUUUCGAAAGUGUAUUCGAAAUUAAAAUCAUUGCCUUCCAAAUCGGUAAUUCAUAGUCGGAGGAACAUUUCCUAAUUCGCUCGAACAACAUGGAACGGUAUACGCAAAUAAUAAAACGAUUACUUUAUUAUUUGAAACGAAAGAACAGUUGAAUUGCAGUAGAAUGGCAAAAUACUGUAUAUCUUUACGCUAUUUAUAAACGCAAGAAGGAAAAUAAAGUGAAAUAUGUAUUUAAUGUA